AUGCCGUCGGGCAUGGGAGCUACCAGCGGCGAGGGUGGUGCGGAGGAGACCUCGCCGGAUAUGCUGAAGAACACGCCCUCGAAUAUACGGAGGUUGGUCAACGAGAUUGAGCAAUGUGAGGGUCGGCAGAAGUAUCUUGCCCACACACGGAGCCCCUCGGACGGAGGUGAUGUUCGCUGGUACUUUUGCAAGGUUCCUCUGGGAGUAAAUGAGGUAGCUGCAUCAGUACCUCGAACUGAAAUCGUGGGGAAAGGUGAUUAUUUUCGAUUUGGUAUGAGAGACUCUUUAGCAAUAGAGGCUUCUUUCUUGCAGAGAGAGGAUGAGCUACUAUCUAGCUGGUGGAAAGAGUACGCAGAAUGUAGUGAAGGCCCAAAGGGGCAGCUUAUCAUCAAAUCCAUUUCAAACCAACAGUUGUCUUCAGAGAGUCCUCAGGUAUUCACUGAUGAAGAAGAGAGAGUCGGUGUCCCUGUAAAAGGAGGGCUGUAUGAGGUAGUAGACUUGGUGAAGAGGCACUGUUUUCCUGUUUACUGGACUGGAGAGAACAGGCGGGUGUUACGAGGGCACUGGUUUGCUCGAAAAGGUGGCCUUGAUUGGCUUCCUCUGCGUGAAGACGUUUCUGAGCAAUUGGAAUAUGCAUACCGAAGUCAGGUUUGGCAUAGAAGAACCUUUCAAGUGUCAGGUCUCUUUGCCGCUCGUGUGGAUUUACAAGGCUCAACAGCGGGACUGCAUGCUCUUUUCACAGGGGAAGAUGAUACAUGGGAAGCCUGGCUAAGCGUUGAUGCUUCUGGGAUAUCUAGUGUUGUAAGCAUUGGGAGAAAUGGCAUUAAGUUGAGACGUGGAUAUGCUCCAUCUCAAUCAAAGAAGUUAACACAGGAUGAAUUACGUCAAAGGCAGGAGGAGGAAAUGGAUGAUUACUGUUCACAGGUUCCUGUUCGGCACUUAGUAUUCAUGGUUCAUGGUAUUGGUCAAAGGUUGGAGAAGUCCAAUUUGGUGGAUGAUGUUGGAAAUUUUCGCCAGUUAACAGCAAAUCUUGCCGAACGACACCUCACUUCGCAUCAACGAGGCACUCAGAGGGUUCUUUACAUUCCAUGCCAGUGGAGAAAGGGCUUGAGACUUAGCGGUGAAGCUGCAGUUGAAAAAAUCACUUUAGACGGUGUCAGAGGGUUGCGUACCAUGUUGAGUGCAACCGUUCAUGAUGUCUUAUAUUACAUGAGCCCUAUCUAUUGUCAGGAUAUCAUUGAUUCAGUAUCUAUCCAACUUAACAGAUUAUAUCUGAAGUUUCUUAAGAGAAACCCUGGUUAUGAUGGAAAGGUUUCCAUCUAUGGUCACUCCUUGGGAAGUGUUCUAUCAUAUGACAUCCUUUGUCAUCAAGAAACGCUUUAUUCACCUUUUCCAAUGGAAUGGUUAUACAACGAACCCAAUAGAAGUGAGGUGUCUUGUCCUGCAAACAUUAACUUAUCAUCGGAUGGUAAUCUUAUUUCGACUCCUGGGGACCACAGUUUGGUGAACAAUGAAGUGGAUAGCAUAGUUAGCCAUGCAGACAACCCGGAGUUACAUGAGGAAAGAGUUGAUGGACCUUAUAACCAAUUGGGUCCACCCACAGUAUCCGAGUCAGAGGAAUCAACUACCAUUGAUACUGGCUACCAGCAGAUAAUUGAUGCCUCAUCAGAUGAAAAGUGCAUAACCUUUGAUAAUAUAGAUCAGAUAAACAAUGUGAUGAAUGAUGGCAAUAGCAUUAGGAAUGAGGUUGUAGCAUGUGAUGACACUAAAGAUUGUGAGGAUGUCUUUGAUAGCGACAAGGAUGAGAUUAUCAAGUCAUUGAGGGAAGAGAUUGAUAUAUUAAAAGCUAAAAUCAAAGAGUUUGAAGCUGAAUGUGCUGACGAAGUAAAUGCCAUGAAGAGCGCAACGGCAGUGAACCAAUACGAACCUAAUAGCAUUCGACCUGGCAGUAGAGAUAGAUUGAUGACUUAUACUCCACUAAUAAGAUACACAAAGUUAGAAUUCAAGGUUGACACAUUCUUUGCUGUGGGGUCACCCUUGGGAGUCUUUCUAUCCCUCCGCAAUAUUCGCAUAGGCAUUGGUAAGGGGAAAGAUUAUUGGGAAGAAGAAAAUAUAAAUGAAGAGAUGCCAGCAUGUCGUAAGAUGUUCAACAUCUUUCACCCUUUUGAUCCUGUGGCAUAUAGGAUCGAACCCCUUAUCUGUAAAGAAUUUAUACACAAGCGUCCCGUCAUUGUUCCUUACCACAGAGGUGGAAAGCGGCUUUAUGUUGGGUUUCAGGAAUUUAAAGAAGGGGUAGCUGCACGUUCUCAGGCUUUCAAAGAUAAUUUGAGUACUGUGAGAGUUAAGGUGCUGACAAUCUGUGAAUCGAGAUGCACUGAUGACCCGGCCGAGGAACCUGAAGAUGUCCAUGAAAAAGAAGAGAGAUCAUACGGUUCUGUCAUGAUGGAGAGACUCACAGGGAGUGUAGAUGGGCGAAUUGAUCAUGUAUUACAAGACAAGAGCACUGUAAAAGUUCAUGAGUCUUCGGUGCAUGGUCAUGGCCUAUCGGGGGUCCGACCCCCCCAAAUGGGGAAGGCUGGCGUGCGAUUGAUUAUUCCUCUUCAGACAGAGGAAGGAGAAACGAUGUGGGUUGCAGGAGGAGCAGUAGUUGGGCUGAUGAAUGUUGCAGGCCACGCCACUCCGACCAAGGAAUUGCGUUGGCUCUCGGCUGUUUUUGCUGGGAUUUUGAUGUGUAAAGUUGUUUAUGACCUAACAGGAGUAAUUAGCUCUUUGCUCUUCAAGGGAUAUAACAAGCUUAACGAUAAAGCAAAGCUCGAAUGGAACAACAGGGGAUUCUCCACUUUCCAUGCCAUUGUUGUGGCUGCUGGCUCUUUGUAUCUCUUGCUUGUUUCGGAUCUUUUUGCUGAGGCUCAAGAUGGGUUGAUAGUCCACAGAUCCUCACCUUUAUCAGACACUGUAUUAGGGGUCUCAAUUGGUUACUUUCUGUCAGACCUGUCAAUGAUUUUUUAUCACUACCCGACUUUAGGUGGGAUGGAGUAUGUCGUACAUCAUGGACUCUCCAUGUAUUGUAUCAUAUUGUCGCUCUUGAGUGGUGAAGCACAAAUGUAUAUACUUAUGGUUCUCUUUACUGAAGUCACAACACCGUUUGUUAAUCAAAGAUGGUAUCUUGAUACUGCUGGCAUGAAGAACUCCAAAUUGUAUAUCUACAAUGGUGUGGCAUUGUUCUUUGGGUGGUUGGUGGCGAGGAUCAUUUUGUUUAUGUUCUUCUUCUACCACAUAUUUAUCCAUUAUGAUCAGGUCAAACAAAUCUUCCCGUUAGGUUUUUACAGCUUGCUUACGGUACCUCCGGUUAUAUCACUUAUGAACGUGUUUUGGUUCUGGAAAAUCACGAGAGGCAUGGCCGACGAGCAUAUUUCCGCAGAUCAAUGUAAAAUCUGUAUGUUUGUCGUGACUGUACAGGGAAAUGGGUUGAUUGAUGCAAACAUUUUGCUGGGAUUGACUGAGAUUGUGAAUCUUAAUGGGAGCUUUGGCAUUGCUUUGUUCAUUUUGUAA